UACUACCACAGUUUCAUACUGACCUACAGAGCCUCUGCUGUGACCACCAUCCACACAUCAGACCACCGUCCAGACAGACGGAGACCUCUGAAACUCCUGCAGAAGCAGACAGAGCCUUUACAGGAGCUGUGGUAGGGUUGGACAGAUCACACCAGGGGACAGUGGUUCUGGACAGAUCACACCAGGGGACAGUGGAUCUGGACAGAUCACACCAGGGGACAGUGGUUCUGGACAGAUCACACCAGGGGACAGUGGUUCUGGGCAGAUCACACCAGGGGACAGUAGUUCUGGACAGAUCACACCAGGGGACAGUGGUUCUGGGCAGAUCACACCAGGGGACAGUAGUUCUGGACAGAUCACACCAGGGGACAGUGGUUCUUCAAGUCUGACCCACUUCAGGUUAUAAAACAGCCUUCAUCCAGUGGAGUUGACACAGUAAGGACUGGCGUGUACAGCAGUCAACCCAGAGAUGAGUGUGUCAACGUGUCAGAUGAAGGAACGUUACAACCAGCAGGGAUUCCUCUCUGCUGUACCGGUCCUCAACGACACAGAGCUGAGGGAGGCCAGACAGGCCUUCAACCACCUGGAGAGAGAGUUCGGUGAGGAGUACACCCAGUACAGUCUCCACAACGUGCACCUGCAGUACCCCUGGGUGAUGGGCCUGGCCAAACACCCCCACAUCCUACAGGUGGUACAGUCCAUCCUGGGCUCUGAUGUCAUCCUGCUAGACUCACGCUUCAUCUGCAAGUACCCAACAACCCCCACACCCCACCCCACAGCCACACAGGCAGGAAAUGAUGCCAUCACUCUGACCAGUGAGGAAGAAAUUAAGUCAUCAGAGAAGGACCAACAGAAUGAGACUCGGCUGCCCUUUGUGGCCUGGCACCAGGAUAUGAGGUACUGGGGAAUAGCUGGGGGUCCAGUCCUGUCUGUGUGGCUGGCUCUAGACGACUCACUGGCAGAAAACGGAGCCCUGAAGGUCAUCCCAGGAAGCCACUGCUCUGGCCUGCUGCCCCACCAACUCGCCUCCCGCCCCGGCAACAUGCUGUCAGUCAACCAGGAGAUCCCUGAGGAGCUGGUGCAAACGGACAGCGCUCUACUCUGCCCCCUGCUGGCUGGGCAGAUGUCUAUCCAUGAUGGGUUCCUGGUCCACGCCAGUGACCCCAACACAUCCCAGAGGAGACGCUGUGGCUUCGUGAUCCGAUACAUCCCUACCUGUGCCUACCCUAUACAGGACCCAGACCGUCCUAGGCGUUUCCAUGCUACUGUGAUGGCCAGUGGAUCAGACCAGUUCAAUCACUUCUCCACCUUGCUGUGAUGAGCCUUACACCACAACUACAACCAUAUCCAUACUGAUCGCAUUACUGUAUUACUGUCUGCUACCUAGAGGAACCUAAUGAUGCUGUAUUCACCUUGAUGACUUACUGCUGUGUUCACCUUGAUGACUUACUGCUGUAUUCACCUUGAUGACUUACUGCUGUAUUCACCUGUAUGUGACAUUGUACAAAUAUUAUGAAAAUCAUAGAUUUUUUUCAGAUUCAACAAAACUGGGGCAAUAGGGCAUGAAAUUAUGGAAAUUAUUUCUAAAUAUAGUAACAAUCAAAUGAUAAACGACUUCCUAAAGUUUUCACAUUUCUUAUAACAAAAAUAAAUAUGAUCAAACUUACAAUAUUAGCGCACAACAAAUUCUUCAGUGUUAAAUCAACGGGCUCCUGAGUGGCGCAGCGGUCUAAGGCACUGCUGUAUCACAACCAGCCGUGAAUGGGAGUCCUAUAGGGCGGCGCACAAAUGGCCCAGCAUCGUCUGGGCUUGGCGGGUGUAGGCCGUCAUUGUAAAUAAGAAUUUGUUCUUAACUGACUUGCCUAGUUAAAUAAAGGUUUCACAUCAACACUAACAGUGUUAAAUUUAACAUUGGGCCAGUGUCUAUACUAUCCAAACUUUUGAGUGUUAAAUUAACACUGUACUCAGUGCUGAUGCUUUUACACCUUUUCAGUGUUAUGCAAUAACACCUUAUAUAAUAAACAGGAAGUGUUUAUAGUUUACACCAAUGGUGUUAUGCAAUAACACCUCAUAUAGUAGUUUUAACAACAGGAAGUGUUUAUAGUUUACACCUAUGGUGUUAUGCAAUAACAGCUGAUAGAGAAGUUUUAACCACUACACCAAGAGGUCUGUAUUUCUUGACAAGGUCAAUGUUGGGUUAAGGACAUUGCAAACUACACUUAAAAGUCUUUAUUGCUACAUGCUCUUAUGUAGACAUUUAAGACAUCAGAACUGGCAGCAGACAUAAUCAAAUGUUAAUUAGCUCAAGCAUAGACCAGUUAAACUGAUAAAACACUGCCACUCACGGGUGGCCAAAAAUAACAAUUUGAAAGCCACGCCCCCAAUAAGGCACACCUCGAGUAUAAUUUCCCGUUGUACAUGGCCUUUUCCAGUGAAUUGGAGAGUUACCACUGAUCUGUAUGUGUCAUUGAUAGAGAUAUGGUUGUUGAAUUUGCUAAUUUUCAGUCCUGUGGACUUCACCAAGUGAGUUCCUAAUGUAGGCUAAUGUUAUCAAUACAUAAUGACAAUACAUCACAUACACUGAGUAUACAAAAUAUUAAGAACACCUGCUCUUUCCAUGACAAAUCAAAUCACAUUUUAUUUGUCAUAUACACACAGUUAGCAGAUGUU